CUAAGAUGUGUAAAAAUCUGUAAAAUCCAAUAAAAAUAUAAAGAUGCAGGUCUACACUAAGACUCUUUUGGCCUGUGUUUUGGCAUUAGCCGCUGCCAACUUCAGCGUUGCUCAAGAAGAUGACAAAUAUGCCAAGGAAUAUAAUACAAAGCCUGAGACUGAUUUUCAUAAUAUAUUCAGAAGAGAUGAGUCGGCCUUAUAUGUUGAACUCCUUGCCAUAAAGUUACGAAAGUUGGACGAUCGUUUGCAACGCAUAGCUAUGCACAAAAUAGACACUAUAAUGUUUGAUCUUAUUUCUGACUCCUCACAGUCACCCAAUUCUGUCAUCUUCAAAGUCAUCCAAUCAGAUAUGCCUUCUCUUAGAUUUUCUGCUCAUCAAACCCCACAGCUGCGGUUUGAUGUUACAGCCGCAACUGAGGCAUUUCCAGCUCCUACUGAACCUGUGAAUGCCCCGUUUGACCCAGUUCCGACUCGACCAGCGCCACAGACAACACAAGCGGUUUACUGAAACCAUCGGAGAAUAUCGUAAACAACUAGUACAUAUGUUACAGUGAAAGUCUGAAAUUCAGUGGAAACAUUCACUAGGAAAUGCUAGCCAUUACGUAUUGGGCCAGUGUGUUAUUUUAAAAAGAUUUGUCGACUUUUCCUAGUAAUUUCCAACAUUCACAUUUACUAAAUGUUGCCAGUAAAAGUUAUUCUAUUGUACAGGGCUAGUGUGGCAAGGAAAAAUGUUGGUGGAAGUUAGAACAAAUACAACUUUUAAAAAUAUUGGAUCACCUCAAUAUUCAAGCACAUAUCUUAAAAUUACAAUUUACUUCUUUAGUAUAUUUAUUAAAAAUUAUAGAAAAUAACGACAUAACAUUCUAAAUAUUAUAAAGGAAAACAUAGUAAUCAAUUUAAAAAAAAA